UACUAUUGAUCGAGCAUUUCGCUCGAUGGUCGCUUCAGAAUACCACGAACGGUCCGCACACCGUAAAUAUUCGUUCAGUGCGUCGUGGCCGAGUGACUUACGCGGAUAAAAGCGUCUAAAUUCACUGGUGAAAACGUGGCCGAACAUGGUCGAAGAAGUGACGGAAGUCAGAUCUGUGAUUCAACCCGUCGACUUCGUGUCGACGACAACCGUAGUCGCGCUAUGUAUGGGCGCCGUGUUCCUAGUUUGCGCCGUCGCGAUGACCUGGUGGCUUUGUCGACGACGUCGCGAGCACACCAAGCUGAACUCCGACAAGUCCUUGGCGUUCAGGCCCCCCCCCCCCAGCCAUUAUCUGAAGAAGAGUCCUAGCCCAACCGGACCCGCCAAGAGUCCUCCUGGUUCCGGUGGACAAACGCCCAGCCCCACUGGCUCUCAGUCCUCAAAUCCUGGUUCACAGCCCAGAACACCUCAGGGCACAGGUACUCCAGCCCACACACCUUCCGGCGAGGUAACAUUGUGCAUCGAGAAUGAACGAGACAAGGCGGAACUCGAGAACAACGAGAAAACAGAACGCGAGAAGAACCACACGACGGAGAACAACAAAGACAACCUGGGCCAGCUAAUAUUCAAAUUGCGGUACGUAAGCGAACAGAAUGCGCUCGUUGUGACGGUGCUGAGCUGUAAGGGACUACCAGCAAGGGAGCAGAAUGCCACCAGCGAUCCAUAUGUGAAAUUGAAAUUGUUGCCCGACAAGCAGCAUCAGGUGAAGACCAGGGUCCUCAGAAACACCAGGGACCCUGUCUACAACGAAGAUUUCACGUUCUUCGGGAUAUCGAAGGAUCAACUUCAGGAAAUCAGCCUGCACUUUAUAGUACUCAGCUUUGAUAGAUACUCUCGGGACGAUAUUAUCGGUGAAUUAACGUGUGCACUUUCGUCGGUGUCCGAUUUGGAGAACGCUGAUAACCAGGAGAUAUCAUUGUGUCGAAAAAUAUGCCCUAGAAGCCUCAAGAUUCAAUCGCAAGGCAGGGGAGAACUGCUGGUUUCCCUCUGCUGGCAGCCGAACAACGGCCGAUUGACGGUGGUCGUGCUGAAGGCGCAGAAUUUGCCGAAAAUGGACGUGACAGGACUAGCGGAUCCGUACGUCAAGAUCUAUCUUCUGUACAAGUCUCAGCGCAUCGCGAAAAGAAAGACGCGUGUGAAGAAACGCACCCUUAAUCCAGUGUUUAACGAGUCCUUCGUUUUCGAUAUACCGAACGGUGCUGAUGGUAUCAACAACGUCAGUCUGGAGUUCAUGUUGAUCGAUUGGGAUCGUGUUACAAGAAACGAGGUAAUUGGACGGCUGGAGUUUGGCGGCCCGGAGUGUAAAGGAUCCGCUCUGAAUCAUUGGAGAGAAGUAUGCAGCUCGCCGCAGAGGCAGAUCGCUGAUUGUCACAAGUUAAGGGAGUAACCAGUAUCUCCCUGCCCUAUCAACUUUCCUGGAAUCCCUUCUCCAGCUAUCCAAAAAAGCCCCACAUCCUUCUCCAUUGUGAAACCACCGAUCCAACCCCUUGAAACCCUACGAUGAAGUAGGGUAUCUGUUUUGUAAACCUAAUACUCGAUGUAUAUUAGGCUUUGAAGCGAGUGGCGGCACGUCCACCCGCGAUCGAUGCAACUGCGGAUGCACCGCGUGAAAACGUCGUUACGUGUCGGCCUGAAGCGUGUAUACAUAAAGUGACUUUUAUCGCACGAUAACUUCCGAGUACAA